AGACCGGCUUCGAGCGCGGUCGACGCCCACACCUUUCAGGACGUUCUCUGGGAGAAACUGAGGACCGCUUUUACGAGGCGCAAAGACCCCGUGGCCUGUGUAAGGGCGCGGCCUGACCUGGGAAAGCCUUGAGACUGAGGCUAUCAUUUGGAAGCAAUGAGUUUAAAACCCUUCACCUACCCGUUUCCAGAGACGAGGUUUCUUCAUGCAGGACCCAAUGUGUAUAAAUUCAAAAUCAGAUAUGGCAACAGCAUCAGAGGGGAAGAGAUAGAAGACAAGGAAGUCAUCCUCAAGGAGCUGGAGGAUUCUAUUCGUGUGGUCUUGGGAAACUUGGACAAUCUGCAGCCAUUUGCUACAGAACACUUCAUUAUAUUUCCCUAUAAAAGCAAAUGGGAGAGAGUGUCCCACCUGAAAUUCAAAAAUGGGGAAAUCGGCUUGGUCCCCUAUCCAUUUGUUUUCACUCUGUACGUGGAGAUGAAAUGGUUUCAUGAAAACCUGUCACCUGGGAAACCAGUAAAUGACAGUUCUCUUGGAUUGGUGCCGGCGGAGAGGAGAGCAGCGAGAGCCGUGAUGCGGAAGCGAGCCCGAGUGGGGGUGUCCAGCCCCCCGCCCCAGCCAGGGCUGGACAGGGCCAAGAUGGGGAUUUCCAGCCAAGGCCCCAGCAGAAAGAGGCCCCUAAUGGAAACCAAGAGGAACAAGGAAAGAAAAACCCAGCAGGAAUGGCAGGAGACCCCAGCAUUUGAUGUCCCUGACGUCCAGGAACAGGAUUCUAAGUCGGGGGGCAGCCAGGCAAGGCAGAUCAUCCCCCCGUUACAGCAAAACAACCCAGCUCCACCCGAAGGACCCGCAGAGCUGGGAACCAAUGGCUUCUUUGCGUUUCUAAGCUCUCUCUUCCCGUUUCGCUAUUUCUUCGGACAGAGCAGCCAGUGAGCCUUCCAGACGCAGCAGUGGGAAGAGUGUCCUCUUGCAGUGACUCUUCCCAUUCCAUCCUCCAUGUAUGAUGUUCCGGUCAAGGGGAUGCGGGCCCCAGACUCCCUGAGUCCCCUUGUGGGUUUGUCCUAUUCUUUGCCUCUUUACAGUGGAUUUUUUUUUUCAAUUUAAAACACUAAGAAAAGAAUAGAACUUUUUACAAUGUUCUAGUCUGAGAAUUGUACUGCUCUAAGGUCCAGUUUAGGUCUUUCAUCUCCAGCACUUAGGAUCCUAAUGAAAAUAAAUUAUUUAUGAACAGCUA